GGGGCGAACCAUGCAACAACAACAACAACGAAACCACAUGCGACUGCAGACAAUUCACCCAAUUCGCCUACCAACCUUCACGCCACCGUGGUGUCCAAGUCCCAAUCGUUGAGAGGGCGCGAAAAGCGCAACGGAUCAUUGGUGCCCGUAGUCCGAUGUGCAAAAAGUUUGGUGUGGAUUGGCAGCUUUAUCGGUCGGACGAAAAUUCGGUAGUCGGUUGUCGCGAGUGAGUGAAGGAGGCUCGGAUACCAUAGCAUUUUUCUUCCCUUCGAACCCCUGGAACUGCCGACCAACCUCAAACACCCAGACUCAACACACGCCUACAACCUACGGAUACAGGUCCAACGUUACCUAGCUCUUCUAAGACUAGAUCCACUAUUACAAUAACUUGGGGUGGGGCGGAUCGCAGGACAUUUCGAGAGGGGGGGAACGUUGCUGCAGUGGGCGAUAUGGCUGUUCCACUUGUCGGCCGGCUCCAUCUGUAUAGUCCCUAUCUCUUGUGAUACCCGUUUCUCAGUUUCCUCCCGUGGCCGGUUGCGUCCCUGGAGUGUUUUUUUUUCUUUUCUCCCCUAGUUUGUGGCCUGUGGACGGAUAGUUGAAGCCUCGGGCUUUGUUCGGAGCGUCUUCGCUGAACUUGGGGUCGACGAAUUUAUUACUGACAAUAUCUCCAGCAUGGAGUAUUUAGCUCUGCUCUUUUCGUUUCUGUUCCUUAUCUUCGAAAGUAUUAUUCGGGUUAUCACCUUGGCGUUGCGUGAGUAUUCGCCCUCUACGUUCCUCAGGUUUUGCUGAUUGCUCACUCGGGGUUUUAUCUUUAGCGGCAUCGGUCAUCAAUUUUUGUUACACUAAAUCACGCACGUUGUUUAAUUCGUUUUCAUCGAGAAAGUACACCACAGUCUCUAGCUCUAAACAGGAGAAGGAUAUUGUCGCCCAUGUAAGGAAGGCGGAUGGUUUUAUUGAGAUAUGUGAGAUUUGGAAUAAAGGUGACUGGAUUGUUGAGGAGCACGUUGUCCAGACGGGCGAUGGAUAUCUUCUAGGUUUGCACAGGCUGCGAAAGAAGGGUGGAGGGGGGGAUAGGAGCAAUAGAUGUCGCGAUUCUGAGAGAGGGGAGGGUGGUAAAAAAGUCGUUUAUCUGCAUCAUGGUGAGUUGCUCAUUGGCAGUGGGGAAUUUGAUUAUUUAUUUAUUUUAGCUCACGUUUCAUGUGAUCAGGAUUGCUUAUGAAUAGCGAGGUUUGGGUUUGUUUAUUGGAGAAGGAGUGUUGCCUUCCGUUUGUCCUUGUUGAGAGGGGGUACGACGUUUGGGUAUGGCUUUCCCGAUAAUGGUGGCAGAGCGCAUUUCUAACCACCCAAAGCUGGGGAACAAUCGCGGAAACAAAUAUUCCAAGAAAUCGAUCAAUCAUCCAUCCUCAGCUCCCAAAUUCUGGGAUUUCAGUAUGGAUGAAUUUGCGUUUCACGAUAUUCCCGACUCAAUUAGCUAUAUCCUGUCGACUUCUAAGCAGAAGAGCUUAAGCUAUAUCGGAUUCUCACAGGGAACAGCACAGGCUUUUGCUACCCUAAGUAUCCAUCCGGACUUGAACGAAAAGGUCGAUGUUUUUAUUGCUCUUGCUCCUGCUAUGAGUCCUGAAGGCUUAUCAAAUCCCGUCGUUGAUGCUCUCAUGAAAACUAGCCCUAAUAUAAUGUUUUUGUUUUUUGGACGGAGGAGCAUACUAAGUUCGACCACCUUCUGGCAGAGCAUUCUAUGUAGGCACUUCUACUUCCCAUUUAUAGGUCCUUGCUGACACUCCCUCAGACCCUCCAAUAUUUGUUCGUGUGAUUGAUGUUGCCCUCAAAUUCCUCUUCAACUGGUCCGGGGCCAAUAUAUCUCUUCCUCAAAAGAUUGCUGCAUACUCAAAGCUUUACUCUUUUACCUCCGUCAAGAGUGUGGUGCACUGGUUUCAAAUCAUUCGCAAUAAGUCUUUUCAGAUGUACGAUGAUGACAUGCAAUCCCCAAUAACCACUUUCGCUGGCAAAGGCUUUUACAAGGUGGCAAAGUUCCCAACUAGAAACAUCACUACGCCGAUUACUUUAAUUUAUGGCGGUAACGACAGUUUGGUGGACAUCGAUGUCAUGUUAAGGGAGCUACCCGGGCACACAAUUGCGAAGGAGGUUGAACAUUAUGAACACUUGGACUUUUUGUGGGCAAAGGAUGUUCACAAGCUGGUCUUUCCGCACGUCUUGGAGGCUUUAGGAGCUUACCCCGCUGGCGGUGAUAAGGAAACAACAAGCGAACCUUGCCCGAAGCUAGUUUUAGAUCGCGACGCUCAACCUUCCUUCUCGCCAACAAAGAACCCCGCAGCCCACCCCGUAGGAAAGCACGAUGGAUUGCCCUCUUACUCAGAUGAUGAGCGGGAUGCUACGUCUUCAGCUGCGGGUGCGCUUGGUAUACUACCACUCCCAUUCUCAAGGUCCAAUUCUCCCGCCGAGCCAUUAGCUAUUGGAGACCCUGUUCUAGACCCCUCAGGAGACAUUGUUGACCCUUUGGCUCCCUCUAGUGAGCGAGUCCUGGAGCCAGCCAGAAUCGUGCCAACCCGUAUCAGCAACCCGCAACCCAAUUCCCGGAGAUCUGGAAGUGUCUCAAGUAUGGAUAGCACUGGUAGAAGCCUUAUUGGCCCUGCGGGUAUUGCUUUAGGUGCUGGGAGACCAUCAACCGCUGGCGUAUCCACGGGGGUUGUGGUAAAAGGCAGCCCUGGCGAUAAGAGGAAGAAGAGAGAGAACAGCAUCGGGAGUGCGGUUACGGGCUUAGCACAGCGGAGCAGUGUCGGGGCUCAACUUCAGCAGGAUAGGCUAUGAAGAUUGUAAGUGCACGCUAUAGGUCGAUGGGCGGGGGGUUUUUUUGUUUUGUUUUGAGCGUAGACAAUUGUUCCCUCUUUCCUUUCUUCCUUUCUUUCUUUUCUUAGCUUGGCGAAUUGUUAUCCUACCAGGAUUGCACCACAAUAUCAAACCUAUCACCGAGUAAGUUGUGUUUAUUUCAGGGUUUCAGUGUUUAUAUUGCUGGGAACUACCGGUCGAUGAUAUAUUACAAGGUGCCCCUCAAAAUAGUUGGGAGUUGGAACGGAAGAACAUCAGACAAGGCAAGCGCAGCACACCCAGAAAUAUCAUUUGCGGUAUGAUACAAAAAAUUGGAAUGGAAAAAUAUCAGUCAGUGCACUGGAGAAAACAAAGAAGGGUGCAUAAAAUUAGUCUCCACUACAUGGUACACACCUUGCGGAACUAUUAGAAGGGUUUCCGGGGGGAUUGCCAAGUACCAUGGAUUUCCCGGUAACAGAGCUCGAUUGACCGGCGGCCGUCUUUUGGAGGGUUGAUGGACCGGCUGUUGAUAGUACCGGGGCACUACAAGGAUCCCAAGCGCCCGUGCAGUAGUGCGCAUCGCGCAUCGGGGAGUACAGGUGCUCAUACAAUUCUCUAAAGACCACCCCCGUCCAAAGCUGUAGUUAAUCAAUUGGCCACGUAAUGGGUACGGGUACUGGUUAGCCAGGCUGGUCAACCUAAGCAUGGUGCUGGGGGAGUGGAGGCUCCAUCG